AUGACGACGUAUAACGAGCAAGUGGAGAGGAAAUUAGUCGAAAAGGACAAAGUUAUACUUCCAGAGGAUGACAGGGAAAAUGUGCUCAUCACAUCUGCACUGCCUUACUGCAACAAUGUACCGCACUUGGGAAAUGUGAUUGGCAGUACACUCAGCGCAGACGUAUUUGCUAGAUUUAACAGAGUUAGAAAUCGCAACACUCUCUACGUUUGUGGUACUGACGAGUACGGUACGGCAACAGAGACGAAGGCUAUCGAAGAUGGCAUCACUCCGAAGGAAUUGUGUGACAAGUUCACAGCCAUCCACAAGCAGGUCUACGAUUGGUUUGAAAUUGAGUUUGAUAAAUUUGGGCGCACUUCCACAGAUAAGCAAACGGAGAUUGUUCAAGACUUCUACAAGAACAUUAGAAGCAACAAUCUCCUUGUCAAGUCUACCAGGGAACAAAUCUAUUCCGUCGAAGAAGACAAAUUCUUGGCUGAUAGAUUCGUUGAAGGUACUUGUCCAUACUGUCAAGCAGACGACGCUCGUGGUGAUCAAUGUGACAAGUGUUCGCGUACUUUUGAUAGUCCACUCGAAUUACAAUCCCCAAGGUCUAAAAUGAAUCCAAAUUCACAGCUCGUAACUCGUCCAACUGCUCAUAUGUACCUGGAUUUGGGUAAAUUGCAGCCAUCAUUAGAAGGUUGGUUGAAAGACACUGCAAAGCAAUACAACUGGCCUGCAAACAUUAUCAUCAACUCAGAUAGAGAGAUUGUCGAGGCUAGAAUGAAAGCUGGUCUUCAACCUUCUGCAAUCACUCGUGAUCUUAAGUGGGGCGUCCCUGUACCAGCCGUAGGAGAUGCUGAGGAAGACGCUGAAAUGGCUGGAAAGGUCAUGUAUGUCUGGAUGGAUGCUCCAAUUGGUUAUAUCUCCAUCACUGCAAAUUACACCGAUCAGUGGCAGAAAUGGUGGUUAAAUCCAAAGAACGUCAACUUAUACCAAUUUAUGGGCAAGGAUAACGUAUAUUUCCAUUUGUGUUUCUUCCCUUCCUUGUUGUUAGCAGAUGGACGUGACUGGACUAGACUCAAGUACAUUUCAUCGACAGACUAUCUCCAAUAUGAAGGUGGAAAGUUCAGUAAAUCAAAGGGUGUUGGUGUAUUUGGUAACAGUGCUAAGGAAACAGGCUUGUCACCAUCCGUAUGGAGAUACUUCUUACUCAGUCGUCGUCCCGAAUCUGGUGACACUGAGUUCACAUGGAGUGACUUUGUCAGUGCGAACAACAACAACUUACUCAAGAAUUUCGGAAACUUUGUCAAUAGAGUUCUCAAGUUCACCGCUGCCAAAUUCGACAGUCUUGUGCCUGGUGAAGCUCAAGACACUAAUCUCAUCUUUUCAGAUGAUUCCGAAUUCAUGGCACGUAAAAAUAGCUUCGUUAAGGAUAUCAAUGAGAUUCUGAAAAGAUACAUUGACUCUAUGGAGCGCGCACAUCUGCGAUCUGGCUUGGAGGAUGUCCUUGCACUGUCCAGACGUGGUAAUGAGUGGAUACAAGAGAACAAGCUCGACAAUGCGCUUUUGGCUGAGCACCCACGUAGAGCUCAGAGAACAAUACUGGUAGCUAUUAAUCUCAUCUACAUACUUAGCGCAGCUGUGCACCCAUUCAUGCCAUCAACCUCAGAAUCAAUCAUAAAUCAAUUGAACGCACCACCACGCACUCUACCAGAAACAUUCGCCAUAGAUCUUUACCCAGGACACAGAAUUGGAACACCAAGCAUUCUAUUCACUCGUAUAGAUGAGAAGAUGGAAGACGUCUGGAGAAAGAAGUUUGGUGGUAUGCAAAGCGAGGAGCCAAAACCAGAAUUGUCGAAAAAGCAGCUGGCCAAGCAAGCAAAAGCAGCGAAAGCAGCCAAGGAGGUAGUGAAAGUGCCAGAUACACCAGAAGCAAAGGUAUUGAAUGAUAGUAUCUUAGCUCAGGGUGAUCGGAUCCGUGACGUCAAGUCAGGCUCAAUCAAUGAUGCAGAUCUUGAUAAAGAAGUAGCGCAUUUGAAGCAGCUUAAGAAUGAUAUGGAAGCAAUGAUAAAGAAGUUAGAAUCCAUGUAA